AUGAUGGCCCCACGAAUUGGCAUGGUCAAAGGUGUGGCUCGACAUGGCCCUGAACGAAGGUCCUGCCCCAGCCACAGCUCGCUUUGGACGACGACAACAUGCAGUGCCUCACGUUGCGCCUCGAUGGCCACGAUCAGCGUGAUCCGCGCCGACAUUGACGAGACUACCGGCCGUCCACGGACGUCCACACCUCACCGCCAACGACGCUACCGACGAUUCCCAAAAUACCUGCGCGACUCGCCGAACGCGACACUGGCGAUGCGCCUCAAGAGCCGCACAACGGCACUGACUUUUGAGGCAUGGAAACGGUUCGACGAUGUGGCGCGCAGCAAAAGCCUGCGGUUGCCCGUGCUGGCACUGCAGAUGAUGAUCCGCAACGAGGAGGCAAGUAGGCCAACAAGCCUGUCGGAGAGCCUCAGCAGUACCGCAGACUGGCGGGUGCGGCUCAACAGCUUGGCGUUUAAGGGCAUCACGGAGGCGGAUAUGCAGCACUGGGUGUGGAUUUUGGCGGCGCCGGACCCGGAUGAGCGGAUAGCCCGAUUUGUAUCGAACAGCGAGCGGCCGAAACCGCUGUUCCUGCUCUUCCAGCUACUGCGGCGCGACGAGACGUUCCACAAGGGCAGCUCACUGAUGAGCAUCUACAACUACGUUGCGCGGCACCACGUACGCUCUCGAACGACACCACCCGAGGCCGUGCUGCCUUUUGGCGCUGUGCGCCGCACGCUCGAUCCGGGUCUGAACACGGCGCCGCAGACGUUUGCCACACUGCUGCGGCUGCUCGUUCACCAUUACUUGCGCCUAUGGCCGUCGGCGUUGCCGGCUGUCGCGCGCCUUGCCGCCGAGUACGUCGAGACGCUGCCUCGCAUGGCCAAGCGGGGCGAGAAGCAGGCCUUUGGUGAUGCCUGCCACAUCUUCAACUACGCGCUGGUGCUCUUCCAGCGCAAGUCUCCCGUCAGCCCCGUGUUCCAGAUGCGCUACAACUGGCGCGCCCAAAAAGUGCUACUGGCCAUGUCGACGACACUGCCGCGGCCACUGAUCAUCAACCGCGCUGGCUUCCGCGCCAUACGCCGUGUCAUGCUGGCGCUUGGCAAGUCGCCCGCCGAGCGCAAGGUGGCGCUGCGCAUGGCGCGCACAUGGCCGCCGUACCGGCGUGACUGGGACGGCCGUGACGAGCAGCGGCAGCCGCAGGACGAUUUCAGCCGUAGCGCGCAGGCAGGCGUCUUGAUGCGGGAGGCCGGGUAUGCCGACGCAGAGCACGACCGAGCCCUUGGCGUCUUGGGCGGCGUUCUUCCAGGCGAGUCGCCUACGGUUCAGACGCGGUCCCUGAGCCCGCGCACGUGGACGGGUGCCCAAUCCAGCCUCAACGUGUUCUCGACCUGGGCGUCCCGCGUCAAGGCAACACGUGACGUCAACGAGGCAUGGCACGAGUUCAAGCAGGCGCCCGCCGCCGUUGACGGCAGCCACUUGCGCCCAAACAUCCAGGUGUACGCCGAGAUGUUCAAGAAGCUGCUGGCCGCACCCAUCCAGCACCACCGCUCAUCGUAUACAUCCUCUCACUCUGCGCGGCUCGAUGGCAAGGAAUUGCUGCCGGGCGACGUCAAGGAAGUGUUCCCCGUCAACGACGCGACUUUGACAGCGUUCGAGAAGCAGCGCCUUCGACCGCCGUCUGCCGCCAUGCUCUAUGAGCAGAUGCUGCACGAGGGCAUACGACCCGUCGGUGAUUGCCUCUCGGUCCUUGUGCAAAAUGCACCAACACUCGAGGCGGCGAUGAAGUACUUGCACGACAGCCCUAUCGAUAAACAGACCAUGUCCGCCCUGGAACUACCUCCUCUCCCUCUGUCACAUUCCUCGCCCGUUUCCUUCUCACGACGAUCAUCUCAUCACCACCAUCACAGACACCAUCAAAGGCAACAACAACAGCCGCCACCAGUUACGAUUGACAUUCUCCGCGGCAUUCCUUUGCCAAAUUUCAACGCCUACAUCUACCUUAUGUGCCGCUUCCAGCCCCGGCUAACGGCCGAACCCGCUCGUCUUGGCAAGCAGCGGCGGACGGGCCUCGUCCACCACGCCAUCCGACUGUGUGCGCACCGCUUGCCACCCUCCAUCGAAGAGGGCCGCACUUACAAGGCGCCCUGGCACACUAUUAUGCACACUCUGGCACAGCCCAAGCUCAUGGUCAGCACAGAAAACACGGGUGACCGGCGAUUCCAAGACACCGAAACGCUGGCGCUGGCGCUGCGGGUAUUUGAACAGGUCUCGCGCGUCGGUGGUGUCGAUGUCGUCUUAUUCGACAGCUUUUGCAAGGUCGUACAAAAGUCCUUGCGGUGGGCCAACCUGACACCGGCCGUCACCAUGGACGUCCCAGGUGUUGCUGCAAACGAGGACGCGUACACGGAUACCCCACCGACGCAAGAUCUUGCAGCCGCACCCUCACCCUCCACAGCGGAGCAAAUGGAGGCAGACCUGCUGCGAAGGGCCCAAGCUGCAUUGGUAGCCGCGUUCGAGGAGAUGAUUGGGCUGCCUGCGUACGAUUUAGGCACAGACGCAGAUGCAGAUGCAGCAGCGAACGACGAUCCGCCGUCAUCACAUUCGCCGUCAUUUACGGCCGCCCACCACCCGUCGACACCGCACAAUAUCACGGCCGGCGCCAUUCAGGGCUAUUUGCAGACACUGGGCUACCUGGGCGACACAGACGCCAUGAUGCGCGCGAUGCGCUGGGUGCUCCGCACAUGGGACGACCUCAGCGUCCUCGAAGACGCAAAAGACCCAGACGAUGGCCAGCAUGCCACGAUGGGGCGCGUGUUUGUGCUGUUCCGGGCAUUUGUCGAGGGCGCCGGCGAGGCAUCCUGGCAGAUGGCCUGGCUCGAAAACCAGUUGAAGCAUCUCCACAGGCGCGGCUGCACCUGGCGGUCGCCAUCCAGCGCCGACGCCGACGAAUACGUGCGGUGGCACCGACAGGCGCACAACGAAGCCUUCUGGGCGCAGGUGCGGCCACAUGUGUAG